UGUAAUUAUUGUAACUGAGUCAUUCUAAUCUCUGCGACAGGCUUCUCAAAUUUUUACUAAGCCCUUAGGUCUGGGUAUUCCUUUUACAAUGCCUAUUCUAAACAUACCUCAAGCCCCAUUCAAAUUGAUGUCUGGAUGGAUCAACAAUUUGCAGCUAUUUAUUUGGCUCUCGUCAACACGGCUAGUCCGGUAUUGAUAUCCCAUGAUGAGGUGGACACUCAUCACUCAUCACUCAUCACUCAUCAUAGUCUAGUACUAGUAGACUAACAUAUAUCUCAUCCAACAUCCAAAGACGCAAAGACUGAGGAGGAUGUCCACGCCCAUGUCCACCGAGUACCCGGGUCACCACGAUUUGCUGCUGGGACGUGGAGGAGAGACCAACAAUCAUAGUGGCAACAUCAACUUUCGAAAUCUCCUUGAAGCGUACCGCGAAGAAUACCAGUCGGCACCCAAAACUCUGAAGCCAGAGGUUUCCACACGCCUGGUUGCACACUGGCGGGGCCUGGAUCCACCUGGCAGAUUCCUGGCCAAGCAAAAGAACACGGGGUUGUGGGUGGACAUUGGUGAUGAAGCAGCCAGAAAAAGAGCUUCCAAGUCACUAGGAGAGAGAGGCAGACUGUCAAAUGUAGCACAGCCACCUCCUCCUAACUAUGACUAUGCAUACAGCAGUGCAAGUAUAACCAAUGACAAUGACACUCACACAAUUUCUCAAACAGGAAAACGCAAGCGACAGGAUAUUGAUGCGUCCCUGCAAAGACCAGUCAGGUCCAGUCUGAACACGAACGCAAUGGCAAUGGCAGUCCAACAACAGCCAGCCACUGCAACUGCCACUGCAACUGCCACUGCCACUGCUCCACAAGAUCAUGAUACAUGUAAUGCCCAAGAUAUUCAAGAAGCUCAGAACGAUGCCAGUAUGGCCAUGAUGUUCAUGCUGCAUCAGCAAGGGAGUCUCAGUGUCCACCAACAUCAACUUGUCUCCGCAAGAACUCCUACUGCUGCAGAUCUCACUAAUCAGAUCUUUACCACCAGCGAAUCUUCUUCUUCCAAUGCAGACAACCUCAGCAAUUGGUUGUCCACAAUGUGGGAAGCUGAUAAUGAAGAAUUGACGUGACGUGACGUGACGUGAAUCGAAUUGAAACAAAACAAAACGCAACGCAACGCAACGCAACGAGGAUCAGGAAGAAUAAGGAGGCUGGAACACACUCCUCACUGGGCCGGCUACCGGGAGCUAUUGACGUCUUUCAUGGCAUGGGAGUGGUACCGGUACGGGUAUGGUAUCAUGUCGUUCCGGCCCGGGCGGAUCUGGUCUUUCACAGACGCCAUCGAAACUGCCGUUACCAAAAAUGACAAUGCGAUUCGAUUCCUUGCAUUUUUAUGCUCAAUGCUCUCUGCACUGUUAUAUACUUGUAGCUAGGCUACCGGUAGCUAUAGAUUACUGUAUAAGGUACAGUACAUGCAGACCAGCCAACUUGAAACUCCCAUGUCUAUGUCUAUGGCUCAGCCACCCA